CUUGCCUCUCAUCGCCGAGCACAAGGUCUAACUAAACCGACUAAUCUCACCCUUGUUAUACAAUCACAUACUUAGGUUGCCCAGUUUAAUCAGGAGCUAUGGGUCAAACACCAUCACAGUUUAUGGAGGACAUGCAGAAGCGGUCCAACUUCACAUCCGCUGAGCUAGAAAGAUUGAAGAAACGCUUUAUGAAGCUAGACAGCGAUGGCUCGGGCUCCAUAGAUCGCGAAGAAUUUCUGCAAAUACCACAAAUAGCUACAAACCCAUUAGCCUCAAGGAUGAUUGCAAUCUUUGACGAAGAUGGAGGAGGGACUGUGGACUUUCAGGAAUUUGUGGGUGGGUUAAGCGCAUUUAGCAGUCGAGGAGGGCGGGAAGAGAAGCUACGAUUCGCAUUCAAGGUUUAUGAUGUGGAUCGAGAUGGUUUCAUUUCCAAUGGAGAGCUGUUUCUGGUAUUGAAAAUGAUGGUUGGGAACAAUCUCAAGGAUCAACAACUGCAGCAGAUUGUUGACAAGACGAUCAUGGAGGGCGAUCUAGAUCGUGAUGGAAAACUUAACUUCGAAGAGUUUGCCCAGAUGGUGUCAAACACGGACAUUGUCAAGCAGAUGACACUUGAAGACCUUUUCUGACAGCUUCGGCACCAACGUCCCCUCAUACCCCGCUGUGUCCAUCACGCUCGUCUGUUGCAUCAUUAUCCAUUCAUCAUAUGGUGGCAACUUACAUGUAGUAUCGCCUUUGUUGUAGAGUAAAGCUUCGGUCUCAGAUCACCAUAACACAAAUCACGAACUCGAAUAACCUCCUGAAUAAAAUUACAAGUGUGACUAUAAAACCCGUAAAUCAGGUCUUUACUAUUAGUUUCGGAGUUUUGUAUGCACUGAUCAAGCGAGCUACUGGUGACGUCAAGCACUUAGCGGACAAACCAACCUGGUCUGAUCAGGAGGGACGUAAUUGCUGCCAUGAGUGACUAAUACUCGCAGUCAAAUGUGACGUAUUUAACGUGUUUGAGUC